AUGCCGAAGCAGAGCUAUUACACUGGCAAGGCAGGACUCCUUAUGUGGGUCAACGACAUCUUGGAACUGAACGUGUCGAGCUUCGACGAGUUCUCCAACGGUGCAGUGUACUGCCAGAUGAUGGACGCAUAUUUUGAGGACUGCGUGAGCAUGGCCAGGGUGAAUUUUCAUGCGGUGAAGGACUACGAAUCCUUUGCCAAUUUCAAGAUUUUCCAGGCAGCCCUGGUGUCUGCUGAGCUGCCAAAGCCGAUGAAUGUGCAGGGGCUCAUCAAAGGGUCACACAGGGACCAUCUGGAGCUGCUUCAGUACUUGUACAUGGUGUUGUCCAAGUACUCCACCAUUCCUGGAUAUGAUGCCGAUGGCCGGCGCCGCCUGACGCCCAGCAAGGGGCUGCAGGGGAAGAUUCCCAUCCCCAUGUUGCGACAAGCCAAGUUUGACGUCCACGGCCGUGUUGAGUCAAGGAAGCUUGUGAACAAUGGAGAAAAGGGACGAGAGGCAUUGAGGGGAAGGCUGAAGACCCCACCACCCAGGUCAAAGAAGGCGUCCAGGAACCGCCCCUUCUCUCCAGGCAGUGGGAUGAGGUAUGACCCCAAUGCCGAUCCUUGCCCAUCGCCAAGCGAGGACAGCAGGAGCAUGAGGUCCCCGCCCGCGUCGCCAGAACCAAACACCAAGUCCAUGGCAAUCCCCAGACUGGAGCUGCAGGCCGUACCAAAGUCUGAGGGGACUCCCAACCAGUCACCUCGUGCGUACACAGGAGCGACCCCCGAUCCUAAUGGAAAGGGGUCUCCUGGCACCGAUGUUCUCCUCUCUGAGAUCAUUCCUCCCUGUCUCAAGUCGGCAAAGCAGGGGGUGCAGGCUUUUGGCCAGGCGGGUCAGACGCUCAGGGCACUGCUGGAGCAGCUUGGGACGGAGCAUGACACGUACGCAUGCAGAGCAAAGCUGCACAGCCUGAGGGAUGCCAUGGCUACUCUCAUGAGGCACACGAGUCUUUUGCUUGACGACCUGGUGGCACCAGUCAAGAAACUGAAAGAGCUGGGAGUGAAGGAUGGAAAGACCUUGGAAAAGGAGUCUGGUCACCUUGCCGACCAACUGGCAGGCGGCAAGCAGGUCUUCCAGGAUCUUGUCAUAGACCUGUCAACUGCUGAGCGGAAGCAUCCAGUGCCUCGGGGCACAGGCGAAAGCGGGAUCUCAGACCAGCUCAGGGAGCGAACCGAGUCUGAUAACCUGGAUGGCGCUCUCAGAAAGGUCGGGGCUGCAAAGGCUGCACUUGCCCGGGCUCUUCAGAAGAUAGGUGGCUUUGAGGUCGGUGGCAGGGAGGGUCGUGGAUCGAGACAGCUUGAUGAGCUUACUGUGGAACUGGGCAAGGAGCUUGGAAAUGGUGUGGACCUCGAUGAGGGAUUGCGGGCACCUCAUCCAGAGCGUGUGGAGAAGGUGGAGGAGUCUGAGGCUCACAAUCCUCAGCAGGGUGGCUAUGGCGAUGGUGGGAACCAUCCAGGCAGCAACGAAGUGUACAAAGGACAAUAUGUGAAGAACAAGAAGUGUGGAUAUGGUGUGUACACAUUUGUUAAUGGUGACACCUACCAGGGCGAGUUCAAGGACGAUGAGAUGCAUGGAUAUGGGCUGUACACGUUUUCGCACGAGGGCCAUUAUGAGGGCCAAUGGGUGAUGGGCGUGUACGAGGGCCUGGGAACCGAGACUUUUGCACUCGGAUCAACUUACCAUGGCCAAUAUGUUGAAGGGUCACGCAAUGGCUGGGGUGUGUGCCGAUACUACAAUGGUGACUACUAUGAGGGACAGUGGAGAGAGGGCCUUCGAGAGGGGAGAGGGAUGCAGCAGUGUACGGAUGACAGCAACUUUGUGGGCGACUACCUGUAUGGGAAGCGCCAUGGCUAUGGAAUCUACAACUUCCCUAAUGGAGACCAAUACUAUGGGGAGUAUGUAAAUGACAUCCCUCAUGGUCACGGAGUGUACCGAUUCAGCAAUGGCCAGAAGUAUGAGGGUCAGUGGCAGGGUGGCAAGAAGCAUGGGUCCUGUGUGUACACUGUGGAGACGAAUGGUGUGUGGGAGAAGUGGGCCGGCGAAUGGGAGGAGGGCCGCCCCGUCUGGGUGGAGAGCCUGUCCAAGUGGAGUGACAAUCUCACAGGCAUUCCUGAUGACCUGAGGGCCAAAAUGGACAAGGCAAUGGAAGCGUGCAGCAGGGCUCAGGAUGUGGGGAAGAUUGGCAAGUCCCGUGCAGAGGAGCACUGGCAGACAGAUGGGCGCAUUCAGCGUGCGAUGCGGGAAGUUGUGCACAAAGCUGACAAGGCAGCGAUGCUGGCUCGUCAAGGCCAGAGACGUGCCAUGGAAGUUGCUGCAAGGCUUGAUGCCUCCGAAGCCAAAAAGAAGUCGAAAUCUGCUGGGGUUGGCCGAAUGGUCAGAUGA